UGUUCUUGAAAGGACCUGGUCUUUGGUCCUCCUUCACGAACUCUAUCAAACCGCGUUUCCUUCCUCUCUUUUCUUCAUAAAUCCAAAUGCACCUUCAAAAUGGUACACUAAUCCACCUCUAAAUAUCAUCACCACCUUCUUCUUUUCUUGUCUUGUGUACCACCAUGAAACUAGCAUCCAGUUAUCCCACAAACCAUUCUUUCUAUGGCUUGUUGUUUCUUUAGCCAACCUCUUCCUCGUCUCUUCUUCUACUUCGUUCUUUUUUCUUCUUUCAUUCCAUUCGUUUUCCCCCUCUCAACUGUGUCCAUAUCUGAAACUUCUAACCAGACUUUGGUAUGUGCGUUAGUACAUGUCCCUGGUGCCACACAGUCUGUUCUAAACUGUUCAAGUUUUCCUAGUGGAAUUCAAAGCCCUUUCAAUUCUAAUACUUCCUUUUCUGCCAUAGUUGGUGGAGAUGGAUUCCUCUGUGGUUUGAUAUCCUUGUCUCCUGCUACUUCACCUUUGGUUUGUUGGAGAUUCUCUGUUAAUGGUACUAACAUGUCCUACAAGAGAAUUUAUCAAGGCCUGGCUCUCAGUCAACUGGAAGCAGGAAAUUCUGUGACUUGUGGUCUAGUUAAUGCCACUAAUCGCCUCGAAUGCUGGCCACGGAGAAAGUUCAACACUAGCAGUGUGGAUCAGAAUUUUUCAAGUAUGGCUGUUGGUGAAGAUUUCGUAUGUGGGCUAUUAGAAUCUGGGAAUAUUGAUUGUCUAGGAAGUAAUAAUGCUGUUGUUCGCCAACAGCCCAAGGGGAACUAUAGUGCAAUUGCUGCUGGGUCUAGGCAUGCUUGUGCUAUAAAUUUUACUGGUGCGUUGGAUUGUUGGGGAAUGGCAGGGGAGAAGCCGCCGCAAGGUGAGUUCAUAUCAAUGGCCUUGGGGGAGAAUCGUGGUUGCGCUCUGCGGACUAAUGAGACAGUAGUUUGUUGGGGGCAAGGUAAUUUCAGUUUGCCAGAGAGGUUAAGGGAGACUUACUUUAGUACUAUUGAAGCGAAAAGAAAAGUCUUCUGUGGAGUUCUGAAAUCGGAUUUGUCCUUGUAUUGUUGGGGUAAUGAGAAUUUUAACCCCAAUUCAACUGUGUUUAAGUAUGUAUUGCCGGGCCCCUGUAGAAGUGCUUGUGGUCCAGAUGGUAUCAUAGAAGGAUCUGGCGGAUUGUGUCCCGGGGGACAACAGAUUUGCUCGCAUUCCAAGAGCAAUAUCCAUAAUAGUGUUCCACCUGCAGUUGCGCCGCCGCCGCCGCCGCCGCCUCCAACACUAGAAAAUAAUCAAGAGAGGUGUUGUAGUAGGUGCAAAUGGAGUGGUAAAAUGAUAGCUUUUUUAGUGGUGGGAUGUGUAGGUUCCCUCAUUUUAUUGCUAGUCGUUGGGUUCUUCCUCUUCAAGUACUGCAAGUGUAGAGGCUGCCGCGUCCAUGAUUCCGGGCGCUUGGAUGGGACCGGACCAGGAGCCCCUGUUGAACAGGGUGGUGGUCCAAGCCAACCUCAUGCCCCACAAACUGAAGAAGCAUCGCCGGUCUUAGAGAAGCGGCUGAGCCAGUUGGCUAGCAUGGGAAAUGCGGGUCACUUGGAGGAGUUCUCUUUGCAAGUUAUACUUGAAGCCACCAACAAUUUCUCACACGAUAAAACAAUUGGCACGGGAAGCUUUGGUUCAGUUUAUCAAGCAAAAUUAGAGGAUGGCCGUGAAGUAGCUAUCAAGCGAGCUGAAAUAUCUAACACUUCUUCAUACGCUGUCGGAACAAGGCGUCAAGAGGACAAGGACUGUGCAUUUAUCAAUGAGCUUGAAUCUCUGUCAAGACUCCACCACAAGAAUCUUGUCAGGUUAUUAGGAUUCUGCGAAGAUAGCAAUGAGCGGGUGUUAGUCUACGAGUAUGUGCACAACGGCACCCUUCAUGACCAUCUCCACAAGCGCGAUAACUCACCCUUAAUGUCAUGGGCUGCACGCAUCAAGGUAGCACUAGAUGCAGCCAGAGGCGUCGAGUACCUUCACAGAUACGCAGUGCCACCAAUCAUCCACCGUGAUAUCAAGUCAUCAAACAUAUUGCUCGACUCCACGUGGACUGCCAAGGUGUCUGAUUUCGGUCUCUCUUUGAUGGGCCCCGAAGAUGACAUGUCACACCUCUCACUCAGCGCAGCUGGCACGGUGGGUUACAUUGACCCAGAGUAUUAUAGACUCCAGCAGUUGACCACAAAGAGUGAUGUCUACAGUUUUGGUGUAGUGUUGCUGGAGAUACUCUCCGGGCUCAAGGCCAUCCACAAAAAUGAAAACGGGGUGCCGAGGAAUGUGGUGGAUUUUGUUGUGCCCUACAUUGUCCAGGAUGAAAUCCACAGAGUUUUAGACGCAAGAGUACCGCCACCAACGCCGUUUGAAAUAGAGGCAGUGAUAUACAUAGGAUACUUAGCAGCAGAUUGUGUGACACUUGAAGGUCGAGACAGGCCAUCCAUGGCUGGUGUUGUAAAUAGCCUAGAGAAGGCAUUGGCGGCGUGCCUGGUGCACCCAACAUCGCUUUCCCGGUCCACAACCGGUGGUUCCACAUGAGAGGUUAACAUAGAAAGAACUGGUCAAUUUGUGCAUCUCUCUCUAGAGCUCUCGGCAUCAAACAUGUGCCAUGAAAUAGUCCUCUUCUUUUGUGUUUGUUGAGUGUAUAGUAAAUAGUAAAUAGUAGUAUAAGCCAUUUUUUUUCAAAUACAAGGAAAAUUUCUCCUCCAAUUUGUUCAUUAAUGAGGCAAGAAGUUUAUGACGGUGUACCUAACACAAAAUUGUUACAGUUUCUUUCUUUCUA